CAGUGCUAAAUAAAUUUUAUACAGGCAUAGGAUGUGCUGCAACUGCAAAAGAAUAUUAUGAGCAUAAGGAUCAGUUGAAAGAAAUGGAUCCAGCGGCAUGGCUUUGGGUGCACGAGCUCCAAGGGGAAAGGGAAUAUUGGGCGAGAGCAUUUGAUGGAGGACGGCGUUUUGGGACAAUGACGACAAAUCGGUCGGAGAGUUUAAAUGGAGUGCUUAAGGGUGUACGUGGUUUACCUAUCACAGCAUUUGUGGCCGCUACAUUUUAUAAGGUGAACAAUUAUUUUGUUAAGCGGCGUGAUAAAGGUGAGACAUACACUACAGUAUUGACACCAAAACAUGAGGCGUUAAUUAAGAGUUAUAUGAUAAUCGCAAGAGGACACCGUGUGGAUCGUUACGGAGUAAACGAGUUUCAAAUUACUACCGGAAAUGGACAAUUUAAGGUGGUUCUUGACGGGAGAAGCUCGACUUGUUCAUGCCAUGAGUUUGAGCUCACUAGGUUGCCAUGCUCACAUCUUCUAGCUGUAUGCAGUAAUGGUCAAAUGAACAUUGACUACUAUAGUUUGUGUUCUGAAUGGUAUACAUGUGAGAAUUACCGUCGUGCUUACUUCCCGCAAUUUCACCCUGUCCCAGACAAAAGAAGCUGGCCACGCCCUCAAGGACCACCGCUGGCACCACCACCAAUCAGGAGAAAGAAAGGUGGAACAUGGGAUUGCGAUUUCGUGGAAAUGUCAGGGCGACCGAUAUUGAGUUUUAUCGCAAUGAGCUAGAUCAGCAAAGAGAGUCACAAGUUAUAUGGAUGCCCUAUACGGAGGAUGUUUUGAUCGGUCUUCCUGCAUUUUGUCUUGAGGGCUCAGCAAUCUGGCGUUCGAGAACUAGUUUGAUAUGCUAUCAUAUUGUCGAGCUACAUUUACCUGAUAGAGUUCUGCGUCAGUUUGGAUUGCUGCAGCAUAUACCGGAUCCUGUAGAAGCUAUACAGAGGAUCACCUCGCAGGGUAGAUCAGGCGAGGACUGGGCAGCAUUUCAUGCUCCAUAUAUUCAGCGUUGGGCAGAUCGUCUUGAGCAUAUUGCGGAGCAGAGUCCUUUCGUCGAUCCAGAUCCGAUACGAGCUACCUCUGUAUACAUGCAGUGGUAUUGGGGGAUCACACGGAGGUGGAUUUCUCGUCCUGUACAGCGGCCUCCACUUACUUUUCUGCCGCGUGGGAAUGUCGAGCGACGAUUGGUGUAUGCUAUCCGGCAUGCUGUUAGCGGUAUCGGUCAUUUGAUGGAUGAUCCUCCGGAGCCCACUAGAAUGAUCGAUGCUCUAGCACAUGUAAGGUGGGAUCUCGAGAGCGUGUUAGAGAGCCUUCCGACAUUACCCGUGACAGGACAUUCGGAUGUUUCUUCUCCGACAUUUGGUGCUCACGGUGAUAUUCCCUCCACCUCUACACCUGCAUAUGAUUUCGGUGAUAUUCCCUCCACGUCCGCGCCUACAUAUGGUUUCGAUGAUAUUCCCUCCACCUCGAUGCCUGCGUAUGAUUUUCCAUCGACAUCUGUCCCAAUUCAUCCAUCUGAUGUCCCUUCGACUUCUGAUGUCGCUUCGACAUCGGAAGUGCAGUUUGAUAUUCCGUCGGCGUCCAUCCCUCCAUUUGAGAUUCCAUCUACGUCAGAGGUUCGUCGCGAUGAUAUUGUAUAUCAACGUAGGCGACGACGACGAGGUCAUAUUGGGACGCAGGAAGGGAUACUACCAUCAGCUGUUGAGCAAGGGAUGGAGCAGAUUGUCGAGGGCAUCGCCAUCGAGCAUAUUGAUGAGAUGCAUGUCAUUGAGCCCGUGCAGCCUGAGAUGGAGCAUGACAUACAUAUUCGAGGACGGAGUCGAGGACGCGGUCGUGGACGCGGACGUGGACGUGGCAGGGGACGAGGGCGAGAGCAUAGGAGGGGGAUGGAGGGGACUUGA